UUCAUUCGAGUUCGAAUCUUAGAAUCCUCAGUCUCAUAACUCAUUCCUUACGAACGACGAAUCGAAAAAAGGAAUGGAUAUCAUGCUUUCGUGUAAUCGCUAAUCUGUGUUCUUUUGUAGUUUUCUUUCAAGAGAGUAUUGUUGUCAAAUUUUCAUUGAUCUGCGAAAAAUCAUGAAGCAGUAAUAAAAGAAUCGCCGUUGACCUGAAAAGUGAAAUAGUCUUAUGUUUUUAUAGAUCAGGUUACAGAUCUAACGACAUAAAUUUUAUAUGAAAACCCUCGAACAAUAGAAUAAAAGAAUUAAAACUUCGAAUUAUAACAAGUGUUGAGUGUUGUUAUUGUUCUUGAUGUCAUGACUACGGUGCUUCCAAAGUGAUAAAGGAUAUCGUUGUGUAAAUUACGCCAUAGAGAACUUAUACCGAUUACUCUGAUGACCUAGUGAACGCUGUGCCAACCUUAAAUACAAAUAAUACGCGCCAUUCAGACAUGCUCUUCGAUACAGUGCUUAAUAAAUGAAUCGCGUAUGUCUAUUAAACCAAACUAUAAGUGCUAUGUGAUGAAUUAUCAAUUAGUGAAUAUGUUAGUGUUAUGAUGUAAGUGACGAUGUCGAAGGUGCUAUCAGCUCUCGGUGGGGCUUUGCCCGACGAGAGACCGUUGCUGUCCCUACAGAUAGUGGAUAGUUUGGCCAAAUGCCCCGCUGGCUAUUGGCCCGUCAGCCGCACAUACGACGAGGACGCCGAUGCAGGUCUGCUGCGUCAAUCCGGUCUUUUUGGCAAGAAACCGAGCCACUACAUUUGUUUGUCAAAGACUGAGGGAGUGCCGGGGUACGUGAUGGACGGGGUCCUGGUGCUGGGUGAGCGGGAGGCGAUUCCCGCGGGAUACAGUGUGGCGGGACGCGCGGGCAAGCGGCGACUGUGCACGCAUGUAUCGAGACAGGCUCCAGCCGCGACCCCGCUCGUUACCGACGUCAUCGUCUGCUCGAAGAUGCGGGCCGCGCCGCAGGGGUUCUUGCUGGCUGGUGAGAUUAACGGCAAGGUGGUAUGCUACAAAGUGAGCGGCGGUAGCUUAGAGACGUCGCCCACGCACCAUCCCAACGACUACGAGAACGUUGUCACCAAUCUCACGCCUGAAGCAGCCAGGAGUUCGUUGUCCGUAACACUGUACAAACAGUUGAAAAUGCGGUGGAGAGGCUGUAUGGGAUUGCGGCCGGUCCCAGAACGGCCUCCGAAGCUGUCGCCUCUCGUAUCGGAACUCAACAAUCUCAACCUUAAGUCCCCUUCAGGGUACCCGCGCAUCGAGGAAUUCACUUCCGACCAUGACUACGAAGCCCUGAGCCCCUCCUACAACGUGAAGCCCGCGAGACCGGCACCCCGGCCGCCGUCGACAAAGUCCCCGGUCCCGCACGGCAGCCCGGGGCCCACCUCCCCCGCCGCGCUCCACAAGAAAAAGGGGCCCGCGCCCUUGCCCAAGGUCCUCAACUACCAGACUCUGGGCGGAUACAACGGCAUGGAAGGAGUUCCUUUUGUUCUAAACCCCAAGCUGAGAGGGUUGCCGAGUGAUGCCUUGGCGCAGUUGCCAAUGAUCAAACAGCGCACUAGCUUCGACCUGGACCGCGACUAUUCCUACAACUUCUCGGUGGAGCGACAGACGUGAUCCCGCUCAACCGCGCACUCUGUAAUAGACUGUUUAACGAAAUAUUAUAACGAAAAUUGCAUGAAGAUUCGAGAUGUCAAGCAUUAUUGAUAAACUAUGGCUGAAGUAACAUUAUAUGUUAAUAUAUUACAAGCGGAGUGUACAAUUGUAUACUCGUGUAUGUUACCGACGAUAAUUCCUCGUUAAAAAAUUCACAUUUUAUAUAUAUGACAAUUAUCAAGUAUUGAUUAAAAGUAAUGGAAUCAAUAUGUAGGUAAUUAAUAUGGAACAAGCAUAAUUAAGCAUAAGAAAAUGUAAUUAUCACUAACUUAAAAUAAUGAAUCGAAACCCAUGUUUUAUUUAUAUAUAUGUAUAUAUAUAAAAAUAAAAACUUUAAUUUAGAGCCUGUAGAAACACAAUUAUAUUUAGUUUAUUAUAUUGAAAGAUAUACAAAUAAAUAUAAAUAAGGUUUUAUAUAAAAUAAUUGCCAAUUAAUAAAAUAAAUUGGCAGCGUAUGAUUCUGCUAUAGUCGAGCGAAGUAAUUUCUUUUAACGUGACAAAUAAAAAGCAAUCUAUAACAUAUCUUAAUUAGGAUUCAAAGUGUUGUGAACAAGGAGAUUGUAGCGAGGCCUUGACAGCACCAUCUGGUGUUUAAGACUGAAGUAAUUAUUAACGAGGGAUCAAGCCGAUCUAAGUGUGGAUUCAGAGAUUAGUUUUAUUAUAAAUAGCGGUGACUAAUUAUUUCAUGAAAUAUACAAAUGGAAAAAACUUAGUUAUUCGACUGAUUUUUUAAAAGUCAUGGCAGUAAGUCAGAAGUUAAAAAAUCCAGCAUCGAAUUAUGAAAUAAAGGCAAUAUUUGAAUAAUAAAUAAUGACAUUGAAUAAACCAAAAAUGAAACGAAUGAGAUUUUUCAGUGAUAAACUGAAAAUGGUUUGAUAAUAUAUAUUAAUGGAAGUUUUAGGCAUGGUAUUAUGUAUCUGUACUUAUAGAUGUAUCAAUUCCUAACGCACCCGUCUCCAUAUAAUGAUGUCAUAUGACCAUUAGAAAGGCAUUUUGUAUUUGGUUUUUAUUCUAGGAUAUUUUUUUUUUGUAGAAUAGGAAGGCGGACGCGCAUAUGGGCCACCUGAUGGUAAGUGGUCACCAACGCCCAUAGACAUUGCCUUUGUAAGACAUGUUAACCAUAGCUUACAUAGCCAAUGCGCCAUCAACCUUGGGAACUAAGAUGUUAUGUCCCUUGUGCCUGUAAUUACACUGGCUCACUCACCCUUCAAACCGGAACACAACAAUACCAAGUACUGCUGUUUUGCGGUAGAAUAUUUGAUGAGUGGGUGGUACCUACCCAGACGAGCUUGCACAAGCCCUACCACCAGUAAAGAUACAACGACGAUGUCGAUAUAUCAGAGAUGUGCUUCUUAUAAGCACAAUUUAAAAUAAUAUGCAAAUAUGUCUAAUCAAUUUCAAAAUAAAAAUAUUAAUAAACAUAAUUACAAUUAGUCAAUUGAUUCCAUUGCAUUGCAGAUAUCCCAUAUUUAAUAUAAGCGCUGUUUGUUGAUGGUUUAUACAAAUGGAAUUUUAUGUAUUUUAUUUAUGUGGUACGAAAAUUAUGUCUACCCCUGUGCCCGUCACGCGAGCUUACAAAGCUUAUAGUCGUUUUCAGUAGCAGGAGAAUUAUAGAUAAAUAAAACCAGUUAAAUAAAAUAUAUAGCCGAGAUGGCCCAAUGGUGGUGGAAUCUUAACCGAUGGUCGUGGGUUCAAACCCGGGCAAGCACCACUGAAUUUUCAUGUGCUUAAUUUUUGGUUAUAAUUCAUCUCGUGCUUAACGGUGAAGGAAAACAUCGUGAGGAAACCUACAUUUGUAUUCCACCAACCCGCAUUGGAGCAGCAUUGUGGAAUAAGCUCCAAACCUCCUCAAAAAGGGAGAGGAGGCCUUAGCCCAGCAGUGGGACAUUCACAGGCUGUUACUGUAAAAGCAGUUUGAUCUUGAAUUCUUUGGUAGAGAUCUAAAUGAAUAAAUUAUCUUUGGUAUAAGCGAAUCGUAUGGUAUAUGUAAAUCAAAGGUUUUCUUAUUUUUAAUAAUCCUGCUAUUUGAAUAUAGUAUACUGUAGCGCCCAGCCUUACUGUGAAGUGAUAGUCCAAUUUGAAGAUGCGAAAAACACCAAGUAAAACAGUUCUAAGCUGCCAGUGAGGAUUGUAAUAUUUAGGAUACGUCUAACGAUUUAACGACGAUGAAUUUAUCAUAACUUUUUGAGCUCUCACCUCCACUUGCUUAAUACGUAUAUAACGUGUGAAAACUCCAAAAACUAUUACAUCAAAUAAUUAUUACAACACUAAAAUUAAAAAACUAAAAAUAUUUAUAGUUUUUGCAACUAACUACUAUUUACUUUGUAUAUUUUACGCUUACUAAAGUAGUAAGUAUUGAGUCCAAUACAAGUUGUUUCUUGGUUAAUCACAAAUUGUUAUUAACUUUCAAUGAUUUUUCAUUGUUCCAUUAGGUGCGCUGUAAGAAGUAAUAUAUUUAUAUCAUUAUGUAAGCUAUCGCUAUUAUUGGUUAAGGAAUAUUAUUUUUAUUAGAUUAAUAUCUAAGCGUUAAUUUUAAUAAUUCAUUGACGUGCAAAUUUCUUUUUGUUGAAUUUUAUAUAUUUUGAACAUUUUUAAAUUUAAACAUUUCAUAAAAGUUUUUUUGUAAUGUUAGGACGUAAAAUGAAUUUAUAUCGUGCCAAAUAUACAAAAUAAAAAAAUAGUAUAAUUUUUUUAAAUCAGGUUACCAAAGCGACGCGUUAUGUCGUUUAGCUGAAAUUGUAAUACUCUAUGAGAAGAAUAGUGCUUAGUCUAGUCUGGAAAAAGUCCUGACUUUCUGUUUCUUGUAUUAUAUAUCUUGGAUACUCUAAGAUAACGACGUUUUUCUCAAAGCAAUUACUUAUUAAAAAUACUAACAUAAGGGUUGUGAUCUCCAUUACCCAAAUCGUUUUUUAUCAUUUUGAUAUGCCAAUUUUUUAUAUAAUUACAUAUCUUUCAACGUUAUUUUUAAAUAUUUAAUUUUUAUCAUUAAGUCCAAACACAAUUGGAAGAUGAACUAAUACUUUAAGUUAGGUUUAAUACGAAUAAGUUGAUAUUACACAAUAAAAAAACUGAAUAAAAUCUCUUUAUGCAAGGGAUGUUAGCAUUAAAAUAUUGUGGAUUCAUAUUUCAUACGUCCUACGUCUCGAGUAUGUUAUGUAACGUUGCUUUAAGUGAGAUUUCACGAGUUAGUUAAAACUGAUCGAGGGUUUGGAGUAUUUGAUGCACUGUUGCGGCGUGUGAGGCUCGCUUUCGUUUAUUAUAUCCAAAUCAAUUUCGAUUGUUAUUUCGUUUUGUUUUCAUGCGAUUGACGUUGCCAGGUUGUUACUAUUCACAUAAAGUGGGUAAUUAGUUAUAUAUAUAUUUAUGUAAAACUUAUGUAUAUAAAAUAGAUAUGUGGACUGUGAUUAAUGAACUGUGUUCGUUGUCUAAAAUAGAGGACUACGUAUAACAUACAUUUAUAAUAAAUAUAUGAAUUACUAAAGGCUUAAGAGUUCUUGAGCUCGUAUUUCGGAAGAAUUUGCACGUUCAAAUUAGUUUUUUUUUGCUAACGUCGCUUUUUAGUUUUAAUUACGAAUACAAUGAUCACAGUCUGUUUUAUAUAGUAUGUUUGAAAAUAGCCAAUUUACACUGUUAAUUUUAAUUUUAUGCCUAUGAUAUAUUUUUUAAACAAUACUAAUUAGCUAUAUUGUAAAUAUCAUGUUUUUGAUAUGAUUAGGUUAUUAAAUACGCUUUUUAUAACUAGAAAAUGUAUUUCAAUUUCGUUUAGAAUAUAAUGAAGAACAUAAAUAUAAAUUAUUGACUCUG